UGUCCGCCUAGUCUGGUGUUGGACAGGAAUGUACACGACUCUGGCAGCCCAAGACGACAAAACCCUCGAGGUUUCACACGAGAACCCAGCGCUCAUUCUCCAAGUCACCUUGUUUCAUGCACACCAACUCUGUUCAACAACGCACUUCACGGUCGCCUCCGAGUAGCCAAGCGACUUCUGCCUUUGAGAUCGCGCUGGACCUCCCGACGAUCCACCCGCGUCUCACAAAAGACACCCUCCGUGCGACCCAUACCAUGUCCUCCUCGUCCGGCGUCUAUGUCGGUGGCAGCCUCGCCGCCGUCCUCCUCACGUGCGCGCUCCUCGACGCCACCUCCUUCUUUCUCCACCUCUGUGUCUACCUCGCCUUGACUGCGUCGGCGUGUGUCGGCCACCGCUACGUCUCUGCCCGCGUCUACGGCGGACGACCGGCAGUCGCUGUGACGUACGUCGUUCUCGCGCUUUUGUGGCCGUGGCCAGGUCUUCUCUGUAUGGCGCUCGCCACGCUCGCGAUCCUCGGUGUGUGCGACGUGAUCUUGCUGGCGCUCGUGCCCGGGACGAUGCUCGUCGUGCUCUCUUGGCUCGUCUUGCUGGUGGUCGCAUCGACCAUGGCUCCGUGGAUGGCCUGCGUGCUUGGCGCGGCGGCGGUUAGCGUCGGGCACCAGCGGCAGCUUCUGGUCCUCGCGCCGGUCGUCCACGGUACGUUGCUUGCGAUUGCGAGUGCGAUUUGUCUCGCGCUCUUUGGCGUUUUGGUCGUGCUCUCGAUGAACCCGUUCUGGCUCGCGACCAACGAAGUGUCCAAGUACGACGCACUGCGGUACCUCGGUCGCGACGGCUCGCUGGACGCGACGCGCAUCGCGUCACUGGACGACCUCGCAACGUGGCACGCUGCAACACCGCGAUCGUUUCCGUUUGUGAUCAAGCCAAACGUGUGCACGACGAGCUCGGCCGGCGUCCGUCUCUGCCGGGAUUACGCGUGUUUGGAAGCGUACGUGCGCGAGCGCCAAGCGACGGGGUCGCGCCAAGACGACAACUCGUGGGUGCUGCAAAAGGCCGCGUACGGUCUCGAAGCCGUCGUCUUCUUCUACCGGUACCCGUACGCUACCAAUGGCGACAUCAAGAGCAUCGGGCUCCGAGAUGCGUCGCGCACCGAGGGCGUCGACGGCAACGACCUGCGGGCCAACUACUUUACAUCGGACGGCAACCGGCUACGGACGGACGCGUUCGUGGCGUACUUUCGCAACCUCACGGCGCGCUUUGACGGGCCGAGGCAUCGGCGUCGUCGACGCCAACAUCUUUCCGCUUGGCGACAUUGA